CAACCUUUGUACUCUGUUGGCUCGAAGUUGUCAUCAAAGCUUCGACGAAACCCUAAUUUAUAGCACCCACCCUAUAAACGAAGAGAAUUCACAUCCAAUUUAUGUAAAAGUUCUUCAAUUGAUUCCAUUUAUCCCUGAUAUUUGCAGUUAUUUUUCCAGCCAUGGACGCUCAGAGAGCUUUGUUGGAUGAACUAAUGGGCUCAGCUCGGAAUUUAACUGAAGACGAGAGGAGAGGGUUCAAGGAAGUUAAAUGGGACGACAGAGAAGUUUGUGCAUUCUAUAUGGUUCGAUUUUGCCCCCACGAUCUCUUCGUGAAUACUAAGAGCGAUUUAGGAGCAUGCACGAAAAUUCACGACGCAAAGUUGAAGGAAAGUUUUGAGAACUCUCCAAGACAUGAUUCUUAUGUUCCCAAGUUUGAAGCAGAACUAGCCCAUUACUGUGAGAAGUUGGUGAUGGACUUGGAUAGGAAAGUUAAGCGUGGUCGGGAACGCCUUGCUCAGGAGGUUAAAACUCCCGCACCUCCUCCAAUAUCAGCAGAAAAAUCUGAGCAAUUAUCUGUUUUGGAGGAGAAGAUUAAAAUCUUGCUAGAACAGGUGGAGUCUCUUGGUGAAGCUGGGAAAGUUGAUGAAGCUGAAGCUCUCAUGAGAAAGGUGGAAAUGCUAAACGUUGAAAAGACAGCCUUGACUCAGCAAUCCCAGCAUAACAGUGCACUAAUGAUUGCACAAGAGAAAAAGAUGGCUUUGUGUGAGACAUGUGGUUCCUUUCUUGUAGCAAAUGAUGCUGCAGAGAGGACUCAGUCUCAUGUCACUGGCAAGCAGCAUGUUGGCUAUGGGAUGGUUCGAGAUUUCUUGUCCGAGUACAAGGAUGCUAAAGAGAAGGCAAGGGAAGAGGAAAGAUUAGCCAGGGAGAAAGAAGCAGAAGAAAGGAAAAAGCUGAGGGAGAAAGAAUAUGACAGCAGACGACGAAGAAGUGACUCAUCUGACAGGGACAAGUAUAAAGAUCGAGACAAUGACAGGGAAGGGGAUCGCUACCGUGGAAGAGAUCGUGAUCGUGACAGGUCCAUUGACAGAAAUGGCAGAGGAAGCCGUGAUUUCGAAAGGGCGUCAGGUUGGAAACAUGGGAAUUCCAGAAAUGGGAGAAACAGAAGCAGGGAGAGAUACCGGGAACGUGAUAGAAGCAGGUCACACUCUCCUAUUAGACAUGGUUCCAAGAGGUCCAGGAGUCCAGUUCGCAAGUAUUAGAAGAUUAUAAAACGUAGAUGUCUGAACUUUGAAAUUUGAAGAGGUAGACAUUUUUAUAACUCACCAAUCUCAUGAAUGUAUGCUUUUGAAUCGUAAGUGCCAUUGUCAUCA